UUAUUUCGGCACUUGGCGACGGACAGUGAACCCUGAAGACUGAGAGAGUGAGCGGAGAAACAGAAACCGUGAAAACGAAGAAGAGAAGAAGGGAAAUAUGUCUAGGAAGGACGGUGAGGUAGUGUGCGUCACCGGCGGAAGUGGCUACAUCGGAUCGUGGCUGGUCCGCCUCCUCCUCCACCGCGGCUACACCGUUCAUGCCACCGUCAAAGAUCUCAAGGAUGAAAAGGAAACGAAGCAUCUGGAAGCCCUAGAAGGAGCAGAAUCGCGCCUCCGUCUCUUCCAGAUUGACCUCCUCGACACCGGCUCCAUUAUCGCCGCCGUCUCCGGCGUCUCCGGUGUGUUCCACCUUGCCUCCCCCUGCAUUGUCGAUCAAGUCACCGACCCCGAGAUGGAGCUAUUGGCACCGGCAGUUCAGGGGACGCUCAAUGUGCUCACUGCAGCUAAGGAGAUGGGAGUUCGGCGCGUGGUCGUGACCUCGUCUAUAUCAGCCAUCACACCGAGCCGUUACUGGCCGGCCGAUAAGGUCAAGAACGAGGAUUGCUGGACCGACGUUGACUACUGCAAGCAGAAUGGAUUAUGGUAUCCUGUUUCCAAGACACUUGCUGAGAAGGCAGCUUGGGAAUUUGCUAAGGAAAAAGGUCUAGAUGUCGUUGUAGUGAAUCCUGGAACUGUUAUGGGCCCUAUUCUGCCCCCAGGUCUUAAUGCAAGCAUGUUAAUGCUUCUUCGCCUUAUUCAAGGCUGCACUGAAAUAUAUGAGGACUUCUUUAUGGGGUCUGUUCAUGUUAAAGAUGUGGCACUAGCACAUCUAUUGGUUUACGAAAAUACGUCAACAACUGGAAGGCACUUGUGUGUUGAAGCCAUAUCACAUUAUGGUGACUUCGCAGCUAUGGUUGCAGAACUUUGUCCUGAAUAUAAUAUCCCCAGGCUGCCAAAGGAUACUCAACCUGGAUUGCUGAGGACCAAAGAUGGAGCCAAGAAGAUGAUGGACUUGGGCUUACAAUUCAUUCCCAUGGAGGAAAUUAUCAAGGAUUCUAUCGAGAGUUUAAAGAGCAAAGGAUUUAUUUAAUAAACAUAAAUUUGUAGCUCAGCUGUUCAACCUGGCUUUCGUGUUGUGCUAUUGGCAAACAGUACCAUUUUCAUGAACUAAAUGGCGUUAUUUCUGGUUAA